GUCGUCGUUCGUUCAAGGUUUCCAGUCCCGGAUGGCUGACUACGUGUGGAGUGUUUACAACACAACGGUCCUGCUGUUCUACUGGACGCAUAAGUCCAAAAAUUAAAUCGGGAACCGGUUUAAAUUUUUCAGCGUUUCGAAAAUGUACAAACCAAGAAAAAGUGGACAAAGCCGAUGAACCAAAUCUUGAGAUUCCAUAUGUGUGCGAAUGUGCGGGCGUAAACUAACUCGAACUCGAACCAAGAUAACGUUGUGUAAUAUAAGAAAUAUUCAGUCUAAUACUUGGACAUUGUUGAUUGUUUUAAUUAUUCCCGCAAACAAAGGACUGUGCGACUUCUGUUCAAAUGGAGGAGGAAGCGAAAUUAAACCAACCAUCGGUGGCGGCAGGUUCCGACGAGAAAGCUGAUAAGAAGAUGGUCACCGAUAAUAACAACCUGGAGGAGCCCUGCUCAGCCGACAAGCUGUACAAGUCGAUAGAAAAUAUGGACGACUACGGCGAGUCCACCGGACUGCUGGAGCAACAGGUAGCCUCCGUCCGGUUACCGAUCAUCGGUAUGACCUGCCAGUCGUGCGUCAAGAACAUCGAAGGAAACAUCGGCAGUAAGCUAGGUAUAAUCAAAAUUAGUGUAAUUCUGGCCGAGAAUGCCGGCUACAUAGACUAUGAUCCCACGCUGACGGAUCCGGUCCAGAUAGCCGCCGAUAUCGACGACAUGGGAUUCGAGUGUGUAUACAACGAUGAUCGGAAGGGAGCCAACGACGGAGCCAGUGAUGUAUUGUUAGCUCGAAUAAGCAUAGAAGGCAUGACGUGCAAUUCGUGCGUCAAAAACAUCGAAGGCACUAUGAAGGACAAACCUGGGAUCGUCUCGAUUCAAGUCCUACUGGACCAGAAACUGGGUCUGGUUGAGUAUGACCGAAUGGUAACCAGUCCGGUGCAGAUCGCAGAUCAAAUCGAUGAUAUGGGCUUCGAAGCCAAGGUGGCCAGUGACGGUAACGAAACUCGAAAGACUGACAGCAAACGGGAGGCCCGUUCGGAGAAGAUAAUUUCAAUUGACGAUGGCCUCACGCCUUCGAACGGGAAUCCCAACGGUAAGCAGGUCCGGCUGAAGGAUGACUACAAACGAUGCUUCCUACACAUACAGGGAAUGACGUGCGCCAGUUGCGUUUCGGCAAUCGAGAAGCACUGCAAGAAAAUCUACGGAGUGGAGUCGAUUCUGAUCGCUCUGCUGGCCGCGAAAGCGGAAGUCAAGUACGACCAUACGUUGACCGGCCCGGAAGAUGUUGCCAAAUCGAUUACAGACCUCGGCUUCCCGACGGAAGUCAUAGACGAACCGGGGACGGGGGAAGCCGUGGUGGAGAUCGAAAUCCUGGGAAUGACGUGCGGUUCCUGCGUCAACAAAAUCGAACAAACGGUGCUGAAGGUUCCUGGUGUCCUGAAGGCUUCCGUUGCGUUGACUUUAAAGAGGGGGAAAUUCACAUUCAACAACGAAAAGACUGGUGCGAGGACGAUAUGUGAAGCGAUACAAACUUUAGGCUUCCAGGCUACGGUGUUGUCCAACAAAGACAAAAUGGCUCACAGUUAUUUGGAGCACAAGGAGGAAAUCCGCAAGUGGAGAAAUGCAUUCCUCAUAUCACUAGCUUUCGGAGGUCCUUGCAUGAUGGCCAUGAUCUACUUUAUGGUCCUUAUGGAAACUCACAGUCACGAGGAGAUGUGCUGCGUUCUUCCAGGUCUUUCCAUGGAAAAUCUGAUCAUGUUUGUCCUCUCGACUCCGGUCCAGUUCUUCGGUGGGUGGCACUUCUAUAUCCAAGCCUACCGAGCAGUCAAGCACGGUGCCAGUAAUAUGGACGUCCUGAUCACGAUGGCCACUACGGUAAGCUACCUCUAUUCAAUCGGAGUCCUAAUUGCAGCUAUGGUUAUGGAAAUGAAAACUUCCCCACUGACCUUCUUCGAUACGCCACCAAUGUUGUUCAUAUUCAUCUCACUCGGUCGCUGGCUUGAGCACAUAGCGAAAGGUAAAACCUCAGAAGCCCUAUCCAAACUGCUUUCGCUGAAGGCUACCGAAGCAACACUGGUAAUGCUGGGCGAUGACUACGAAGUCGUAUCGGAGAAGAUAAUCUCGGUAGAUCUGGUACAACGAGGAGAUGUCCUGAAGGUUGUUCCCGGCAGCAAAAUCCCCGUCGACGGCAAGGUGCUCUGUGGUAACUCCACGUGCGAUGAGAGUCUCAUCACCGGUGAGUCCAUGCCGGUCCCGAAGAAGAAAAAUUCCGUAGUCAUCGGUGGCUCCAUCAAUCAAAACGGCCUCCUACUGGUAACGGCAACGCACACCGGAGAGAAUACUACCUUGGCACAGAUCGUAAAGUUAGUCGAAGAAGCACAAACUUCAAAAGCACCGAUUCAGCAGCUGGCGGACAAGAUCGCCGGUUACUUUGUACCAUUCGUGGUGGCCGUUUCGGUAGUCACUUUGAUCGGAUGGGUCAUCAGCGGUUACGUGGAUAUCAAUCACAUUCCUAUGUCGGCAGCUGCCAAGGAAGGCUUGAAUAGAGAGGAGAUCAUCUUCAGUUACGCUUUCCGCUGUGCUUUGAGCGUCCUGGCGAUCGCUUGUCCUUGUGCGCUGGGUCUCGCUACGCCGACCGCUGUGAUGGUUUCUACCGGAGUCGGAGCUCUGCAUGGAAUUCUGGUCAAGGGGGCAGGGCCGCUGGAGAAUGCUCACAAAGUGAAAACAGUUGUUUUCGAUAAGACCGGAACGAUCACGUACGGAAUGCCGAUGACUUCCCGGAUAUGUCUGUUCGUUAAACCGCACGUGUGUUCGCUGACUCGGGCGUUGAGUGUCAUUGGAUCAGCGGAAGUAAACAGUGAACACCCAAUCGCCACGGCAGUUGUUAAAUUCGUAAAAGAAUCAUUGGAUAUCGAUGCCUUCAGUAAGUGCUCGAAUUUCAUGGCCGUUCCUGGAUGUGGUAUUCGAUGUGUAAUUUCCAACGUGAACGGUAUGCUAAGCAACGGGUUGAGAUCGGAGAAAAUGAAGAAUUAUCAAAAUUCGUACAAAAGCAACGAUUCUAACGCGUUGAGUUUCGUCAAUGGAGCGGUGGUGGAAGAAUUGAUUCCGCAGUUAAGCCCAUCGCAGAAGAAUACAAUGGAAUUGCAGCAGCUGCUUCAGCUUGAAACGAUCGAAGCUGACACCAGUGAGGAAGCGUUUUCGCGUGUCAAUGAGUACAAUGUGCUGAUCGGGAAUCGCGAGUGGAUGAACAGGAAUGCGAUUCUUGUUCCGUCGGAGAUCAACAUCAAAAUGACGGAGGAGGAACAGAUGGGCAAUACGGCGAUUCUGUGUGCAAUCAACAAUCAGUUGAUCUGUAUGAUUUCCGUGUCGGAUAUGGUGAAACCGGAGGCACAUCUGGCCGUCUACACGCUGAAGAAGAUGGGCAUCGAAGUUAUUCUGUUGACGGGAGACAACAAGAACACUGCCGGGAACAUUGCUCGCCAGGUGGGCAUCAAUCGGGUGUUUGCCGAGGUGCUUCCAUCGCACAAGGUGGCAAAAAUCCAACGGAUACAGGAGAACCAGAUGCGCGUGGCGAUGGUCGGAGAUGGGGUAAACGAUAGUCCGGCCUUGGCUCAGGCCGACGUCGGCAUAUCGAUUGCAUCCGGGACGGAUGUGGCUGCCGAAGCGGCCGAUGUUGUGCUGAUGAGGAAUGACCUACUGGACGUGGUUGCCUGUCUGGAUCUAUCGCGCAAGACUGUCCGGAAGAUACAUCUCAAUUUUCUGUUCGCCAGUAUGUACAAUCUGCUCGGCAUUCCACUGGCGGCGGGCAUUUUCACGCCGUUCGGAUUUAUUCUGGAGCCCUGGAUGGCGUCGGCAGCGAUGGCCCUCAGUUCCGUGUCGGUGGUGUGCUCCUCGCUGAUGUUGAAGCUGUACAAAAAACCGACGAAAGCCUCCCUCCAGACGCCGGAGUACAUUGCUCUGGUGGAAGCCGGAGCCCUGCUGGAUCCGGACACCGUUUCCGUGCACCGCGGCCUGGACGAUAUUCCACGGCCCAACUUUGGCCGCUCGACCAGUUCCACUUUAGCCAAACUAUUCAUCCGCUCGCCGAAGGUUUCCAACGAUGAUCGACUGUUAGCUUCCAACCAGAUGAUAGACGACGACGAGUUAAGCGUUGGGAUCGUCAAGUCCAUCAACAGUGGCAUUUACAAAGACGCAACCGAACUGCAGAGGCUGUAGCCACAAAGAGCUGUGCCAACUACGACCAGCUAGUGAUUUUACUUAUGUUUUUUUUUAAACGAAAAAGUGACCAUCCGAAGUUAUUAUGUUAGACAAGUUCAGCAUUUUCACGGUUGAAAUUCAACCGGGAAACAGCCAUAAUGGUGAACUUCUAUCGAUUUUCAUUCUCAUCAUUAUUGUUUCUGCCUUCAAUUCAUCAGUGAUUUUGUGAUAUGUUUAGCAUUAUUUACGUUUUUGUUCUACGAUUUUUAUCAAAUACAUACAUACAUACUACGCUAUAGCUACUCAUUACGUUUGUAUUGCAACGUACUUAUCAAUCAGCACAAAUCCAACCAGUUGAAAAGUACCAUAUCCUCGAUAAGGAGGACAAAACCUACCAUAGAUGCGUAAAUAGUUAGCGAGAGGAGGAGCAGAGUUAUAUAAAUAAAUGUUUGUAAUAAA